AGUAAGGACACCCGUAUUUGAUAGGUGAUAGGGGAUAGGGGCGCGGAGCCGGACGGGGCAAAAAAAGCAGGAGAAGCAAAAGCAGGAGAAGCAAAAGCAAGGGAAUAAGACAACUCAGCCGAAUCAGCUUUCCUACGUGCGUAUAAAAUUCAGACGAGGGCAACAUUUCUAUCUCUAUUUCACAUACCUACUAGUAUUCUACAUACAGCUCUUUCUGGCUAGGAUCCAUACUUUAUAUAUUAUCAGACCGCCCUGUUCAGCUCUCUCCCCUCACUAUGGCCGAAUUCACGUCCACACGCGAGGGCUUUCAACGUGCAAUGGAACUGUCCCUCAAAGGCAGCCCCGAUGAAGCUAAAUCUUACGCGGAAUCCACGACACUGCCAACCUUCUACCAUGUCAUGAACGGCCAUCGCCUGGAGUUUGAUGUCUAUGUUAAGGGUAUCGUUGAGUGGCGUGGCAAGGUUAGCGACUACAAACCAGUCGUGCACGAGUUUCUUCGCGACGGCGACCAGUUAGCGGCGCGCAUGACCGGAUCGAUUAAGGUCGGCGGUACAGAUACUGAAUUCGAGAGCUUUAUGUUCGGAAAGGUGGAUAAGGCCACUGGGAAGAUGGAAUGGUUGAUCGAGCGGUCGGUCUGGGGACCCGUCGCCGGGGCUUGAUGUGAAAUUGGCUAGGGGAUAUAUAUAAUACCUGCACAUUGUAGCUAUUCGGGUAGGUUGGAAAUAUGAUACGACUACACCUUCAUGGGCGAGAUUGCCGCGAUAUUGAUACGUGCCUUAGUAGCUGAAGUAUAAAGGAAUGAUGAUUUGAGAAUAUUACCAUUGGAGAACAGAAGGAAGCAGUAGUAAGACUUCGGUGAUAAUGCAUCCAUAAUAAUGAUUGACAUCGGAGGCCGAUGAUCUUAGUAAUGACGGAGAAAACAACGGAAGAACCGGCACUCGCCGACCGGUCCCGGGUCUCGGAGGCGACGUCGAGGUCGAAAAGGCACGGGGUGAAGAUAUGGCUUCUCAUUGGCUGGAGUUAUCCAUGACAAAGAGGAGAUGGGAAAAGUAGCUGCGAUGCAAAGUGGAUCCAUUGCCCACUU